AUGUCGCUGCGAUUGGGGCUGAACACCAGUCCCAGCAAUGUGCCGCUCAUCCAGUUGCCGGCCUCCAACUCGGCCCCAGAAGAAGCGCUCUUGGCCCAACACGGUGAGAUUCUCGGCUUUCUCGAGAUUCGGCAAUGAAGUGGGCUUCGUCUGACUGUUGACGUCUUCUUUGGGGGAACUGGUUUUGAGGCUAACCUGGGUUUUGGUUUAUUGAUUACUUUAUUGUACUGUUAUACAGGCCUAGGGGAGGGAGGGGAGGGGUUUUGAUAAAACCUAGGACGUAUUUGUUUGAUUUAGAGUCUUCUUUAGAAUACUAAGCUGUUUAUAUAAUAUUGUGUUUCUGAUUACAAAAAUUUUCAUUGAAGGAGGCACAUAAUUAUUUGAACAACAUAACAAGUUCAAACAAACAGUCGUUCUAUGAUGAUAGAUACUUUUAAAUUUGAUUUACUAUACUAGGCAUACAAUAACUAAAGUUAGCCAUCAUUACUAAGGCUACAUAAAAAUCUUUGAAAUGUACCUCAAAAAUAUUUUACUUUUACUUUCAGGCACACAACAGAAACGUCGAAUAGUCGUACGAUCUUCGACGUUAGGCUCAGGUCUAGCCACUGAUUUGGCGAUGGACUCUGAACAGUUCGAAAACAAUAAUCAUCAUGAUUGUAAGCGAUAUCUGUCACUUCAUUUUGAAGCUCUAAAAUAUUUAUUUUUUAUAAAUUUACAAAAAAUUAAAUAAAAAAACAAAACUGGAAAUGAGAAAAGAGCUGGUCCUGAUUAUUGGCACAAACAGGCUGAUCUUAAAAACUAAGCCAAUCCUGAUGCUUUUAUUAAAGCAGUAACAGAUCGGUGCUAAAUUUAUGAGCUAAAGCAAAACGAAUAUAGCCUAAACUCUAGCCUUCAAGCCUAAACAAAAGCUCAGGAACAGCCUUGCCUGGGUUUGUUUAGGCAAAAGCUAAGAAAUAGGCUUGGCUCAGCUGGUUUAUCUUCAACAGGUUUUGUUUUUUGGUGGGUCCUGAGACGAAAAUGGCAUUUUGUACCAAAAAAGCAAUUUUAUUUUUAAAAAUAUUUUUUCAUAAAUUUUAAAAUUUACGCUAAUAUCUUUGUAAAGUAACUAAAACUUGCAGUAAAACCGAAGUCCACAUCAAGAAGGACAUCGUUUGCUGAUGGUUUGCCGAAUGGAGACAGUCAUCAGAACGGUGGUACCAUACCGAUCACGUUGAGGAGGCGACGGAGUAGUGUAGUCAGAGAGAAAUGGUCGUCCAAAGUCGAGUUUCUGUUAGCUGUAGUUGGGUAUGCGGUAGACUUGGGAAACAUCUGGAGAUUCCCGUCGGUUUGCUACAAACAUGGUGGAGGUUGGUGGUCUACUAUAACAUAUUAUUACGGUUAUGAAUACGCAUUCUAUAGCUAUAUGUUUAUUUACUAUGAUUUAGUAAAUAUAAAUACUAUGGAAUAGUACAAAAACCUACUAUAAUGUGUUACUUUGUUAAUUUUUAUAGUAAAAUAUGUGUAUAUUUACGUAAUGCAAAGUGUAUAGAACGAAUAAUAUGCUGUUAUGUUGUUUUAGGCGCAUUUCUAAUACCAUACUUGAUUAUGUUGAUGGUAGGUGGUCUUCCGAUGUUCUACAUGGAAUUAGUUAUGGGACAGUUUCACAGAUCAGGUUGUUUGAGUAUAUGGAAGAAAAUAUGUCCGAUGUUUAAAGGUAAGGCAUAUGGGGACUUUUACGCGAUGAAACAGUGAUUAGAAUUUUAAAAUAUGAUUCAAGAGGGCUCAAAACUUUUUGAACAGUUAACGUGUAUUAUCAUGUAGUAUGCCACAUACUAUCGUAUUAUACUACUGAAUUACGACAACUUAUAGUUUCGUAUGGUUAUUAAAAAGCCAUACACAACUGUAAAACGUCGUAUAUUGUUAAAAAAUCAAAACUUUAUGUAAAUUCAGGUAUUGGGUACGGUAUCUGCUUCGUAUGCACAUUUAUUGCCUGUUUUUACAACGCCAUUAUUGCUCAUGCCGUCUACUUUUUGUUUAAUUCCUUUGCCUUCGAUGUGCCGUGGAGGGGCUGUAACAACGAAUGGAACACGGCCAGUUGUCGCGAGGACCUGAAUGCCACCAGUCUUUCGGCCAAUAAGACUAUGAUAUACACAACGCCGUCACAAGAGUAUUAUUUGUAAGUUUUGUAACUUUAUUCAGAAAAAACUUUAAAAUUAGCCAAAUUUUUGCUAUUUUUGAGAAAUUUUUGGUAAAUUUUUCAUUUUUAAGGAACAUAUGGUAUAAUUCUAAAACUUAACAUUUUGUAACUAGUGUUUUAUACUCAAAAAUGGGGUUUUACAGGGUGUUCCAAGAAAAAUGUUAAAAACUAACGAGCUAUAAUUUUCUUCCCAACAAAGCUACACAUGCCAAACUUGGCAUGAUGAAAGGUUGGACCUACAAGUUUUUUGUCACAAAAUUUUUGAUUUUUUAAGUACAUAUUAAGGACGUUAUGAUUUUUCAAAAAAUGUUUAUUUUCCCCGGAAUUACACAUAUUUUCAGUUGGAAAUGCUUUUUUUGGUAAAAUUUUCUAAGUUUUUGACAAUUUUUUGGUUGAAAAUGACAUUUUUAGCCAAGUUUUUAAUUUUCAAACGUCGGCGGAGACUCGGCGGACGCCUAAAUUUAUCGGCGGAGGCUAUAACCCGCUUCAAACAUAACGUAGCGACGUGAAACAAAAAGCAUUAGUUUUAAAAUUAUCAAGGCAAUUUUCACUGAUACUGAGCUUGGCUUCAAAGUUUUUAAAACACAAAAAUUUUUAAAAACCUAAGAAAAUGAAUAAAGAAAACAUGUUUUUAUAUUUAUUUUGUAAAUUGCACAAAUAACUUUUAAAGUUUAAACGUAUUUUAUCUUUUACUUUACUUAAUAACAAAAAAACGAACAACAUACAACAUUUGAUAUAUUUGCUGUUUAUAACCUUUGAAGAAUGAGUUUAUCAUAACUUUUGAACAUAAGUUAAAGUUUUUGAAACAUUGCGCCUAUUUCUGAACGUUAUAUACCUUUUGAUUUAACUUUUUUUGUAAAUUUGUUAGGUAGAGUUAUUUUCAAACAAGCUUAACGUCAGUGAAAAUUGCCUUGAUAAUUUUAAAACUAAUGCUUUUUGUUUCACGUCGCUACGUUAUGUUUGAAGCGGGUUAUAGCCUCCGCCGAUAAAUUUAGGCGUCCGCCGAGUCUCCGCCGACGUUUGAGAAUUAAAAACUUGGCUAAAAAUGUCAUUUUCAACCAAAAAAUUGUCAAAAACAGAAAAUUUUACCAAAAAAAGCAUUUCCAACUGAAAAUAUGUGUAAUUCCGGGGAAAAUAAACAUUUUUUGAAAAAUCAUAACGCCCUUAAUAUGUACUUAAAAAAUCAAAAAUUUUGUGACAAAAAACUUGUGGGUCCAACCUUUCAUCAUGCCAAGUUUGGCAUGUGUAGCUUUGUUGGGAAGAAAAUUAUAGCUCGUUAGUUUUGAACAUUUUUCUUGGAACACCCUGUACUUUCUUACAUUAGCUAUCAUUAUAGUUUUCUUUGUAUUCGAAGAAAACUCUGUCGCAUAUUUUUCUUUAGUUAAUUGAAAGAUUUGCUUUAAAACUGCCAAUUAUAACAUUAUAUAACCCCAAAAUACUGAGAUAUCCCUCCUCUGAACCGUUUAAAUCAAUAGAAUCUGUUUUCAGAAGAAAAGUGCUGGAAGUGCACCGUUCCAAAGGUCUCGAAGACCUGGGAGGUAUCAAAUGGUCGAUGGCAUGUUGCCUGUUCGUCGUAUUCCUGUGCGUUUAUUUUGCUUUAUGGAAAGGGCCACGAUCAGCUGGUAAAGUGGUGUGGAUCACAGCGACAGCACCAUACAUCGUGCUUACGAUUCUGCUGAUCCAAGGCCUUACUUUGCCUGGGGCAUCGAAAGGAAUCGCCUAUUAUUUGACGCCAGACUUCGAGAAACUCAAAGAUCCGUCAGUCUGGACGGCUGCAGCUACACAAAUCUUCUUUUCUCUCGGACCUGGCUUCGGAGUCUUGUUGGCGUUGAGUAGUUACAAUGAGUUUGACAAUAAUUGCUACAGGUAAAGGAGUUUUUAAUGUUUUCUUGACUUAAGAAGCUGCAGUUUAACCUACAGGCUAGGCUAAACACUUUUUAGUUUACCAUAGUCAACAUGUACUAAAAUAUGUAUUAGAAUCAUAAGGAAUGACGAAACCAAUCUUGUCAUGUUUAGGGACGCAGUAGUAACGUCGACAAUCAACUGUUUCACAUCCUUCUUCUCCGGAUUUGUUAUCUUCUCUACGCUGGGCUACAUGAGUGAAUUGACCAAUAAACCAGUGAGUGAAGUUGUGGGAGAAUCAGAAUCCUCAUUGAUUUUUGUCGUGUAUCCAGAAGCCAUAGCGACGAUGAGCUACAGUAGCGUCUGGUCGGUCAUCUUCUUCUUGAUGUUAAUCACAUUGGGUAUUGACAGCACGGUAAGUCUUUAAUUUUUUAAAAAUUAAAAAUCAAAGAAGUAUAUCGAAUGUGGUGGUUUUGUUAUGUAAAAUACGAUGGUUCAUAAUGAUUUUUUAAAGUUCACUUCAUCUACUUUGAUAAAGAAAUGUUCUGUUUCAGUUUGCCGGAGUAGAAGCAUUGAUUACCGGCCUGAUUGACGAAUAUCCUCGUAUGUUGGGUCGACGACGUGAACUGUUUGUGUUUAUGGUCAUCUUCAUUUACUUUAUAGGAUCUUUGCCCACAGUAACUUACGUAUGUUUACUAAUGUAUUAUAGUCGCAAGUUUAAAACUUUAAAGUUGCAUGUUUUACUUUGUUAAUUAUUAUAUUAUGUAAUAAUAAUUCGCAAUUUAGACUAAAUAUCUUAUUUUACUAAAACCGUGAAUUGAAAGAAAGCAUUAAUUGUUUCUUUUGCAAAGUAAUAUAUUACGUUGUUCAAAUAAUUUUAUGCCCUCUAACCCCAAAAACUUCCUUUAAGAAAGGGCACAGAAUUAUCUGAACAAUCUUAAUAUCCUAAACAGUAAAAGUAAUUAAAAACUAAUAUGAAUUGAACUUAUCUUCAGGGCGGAACAUAUGUGAUACCCUUCCUCGACAACUACGGCGUAUCAUUGUCGGUGUUGUUCAUAGUAAUGUGCGAGAUGAUCGCCGUAUGUUGGUUCUAUGGCAUUCAACAGUUCAGCGAAGAUAUCAAACAUAUGUUAGGCUUCUAUCCAGGCUUAUACUGGAGAGUAUGUUGGACUUGUGCUCCUUGCUUUAUUGCGGUAUGUUUUAUUACAAAUUACUGAAUCUUACUGUAAAACUUUAGCGAAUUAUUGUAAACCAUACAAAUAUAAUUUGAUUUUACUGUAGAAAAAGUAAUUAUGUUUUAGUACGUUAGCUGUGACAUAGUAUCCCAUCAAAAAUCACAUAAAUUUAAUAAAGAAACUUAUAUAAACCAAGAUGCAUUAAAGAGUCGUUGAUACAAUUACAUGUUAUUAUAGCUGAUCUUUGCGCUAUCGUUAUACGACGCAAGCUUCGCGCCCAUGGAGAUACCUAACUACGUAUAUCCAAUGUGGUCAGUAUACUCUGGAUGGGUAUUGAGAUCUCUCUCCGUUCUCUCCGUACCCGCUUUCAUGUUAUACUUGUUCUGUAACACAGAGGGUACUGUAUUACAAGUAGGUUUGGUUUGAUACUUCUUUCUCAAGAGCUAUACCUCUUUCUUUCCCCUUCUGAUACAAAAGAAUAAACGGCAUAUUCAAUACUCUAAACUACAGUCCAAUGCCCUAAACUAAUGUACACCGCGUUUUGUAGAGACUGAGCUACAUGAUCACUCCCCAACGCAAAGCCCACCCCAACCUCGGGACUCCGUCGACGGCGUUGGUGGAGGACAAGACAGUGAAUAACAACUAUGUGAUUCAAGACGCUGACGUGACACACUUAUGA